AUGGAGUCCUUCAACUUUGAAGAUCACCCAAAGGAAGCAGUAUAUGCCUUUAAUUCAGCAUCUAUACGGGUUUUGGCUGAAGAUUUCGCCUGGUAUGAACGAGCUCGAAGGAAUCGCACCACCGAUUUUGGUGCACAACAGAUCGUUCGCAGCAUAAUGACCGAAACAGUCGAUCUCUACAACGAUAAUGAGACUGCAGACCAAGCGCUCAUCGAUGCAAUCGCAGAAUACUGCGUCACAAGGUAUGGAGAGAUUGAGUUUCUUGUGGACAGUUGCAAAAUCAAGGAAGUCCGUAUUUGUGAUUGGGAAGAAAGAUAUUAUACAGCACACUAUAACUGCACGACCAAGGAGCCAAAGCGAGACAUACUUGUUGCCAAGAUGUCGCUAGUCGAGGUCGACCUUGAGCCUGAGUUGUGCUCCACAUUUACCAUAAACACAUCGAAAUUCAAGCCUCCCAUCUCCUACCUUAACGAGACUGCCACCGAUUACACGACUGCACCCGCACUUAUCUCCUACCAUGAUGAGACUGUCACCGACUGCGCGCCUAAAUGCCCUCCCAUUAGCUGCCGCCUGAAUGAAGAACUUGCGCCUCCACCACAGCCCGCCACAUACCUAGACGAGAUCUCGACUGGUGCUUUGCUAAAAUUUGAUGGCAAGGCACGACUAUCCCACAAGAAAUAUCUAAUUUCUUCAUCCAAAGCAUUCGAAGCGGCCUUCUCUAGUGAUUGGACCAGUGCAGCUAUACAUUCCUACGACAUCCAAGGGUAUAGUAAAGAAGCAGUGGAUAUAAUGCUCCACUGUAUAGCAUACAAACACGUCGAUAGACCCUUUCUCAAGCAUAGCUGGAAUACCCUGAGCACCACCACUCUAGAUAUCAUGGCAGAUGACGUCGACUUCUGCCUAGAAGUGUUUCUCUUGGCUGAUGAGCAUGAUAUUAAUGAGCUAAGAAGAGAUGCCGUGCACAACAUUAACAAGUAUAAAGAACAAGCCCUCGAGCGAAAUGAUGACGCGGUUGCUGAUACUAUUCUCGACAUGGUGGUGAAUUCCUGCGAAGAAAACGCACUGGAAAACAUCUACUUGCUCGAUGAAUUGGCAGAAUACAGCGGUCAACAAAACAAGGACCAUUCCGACCUCUUUGAUCUGGUGCAGACAACCUUCAAGUGCGACAGGGGCUAUGGCAUGGAUGAGUGGGAAUGUAAGACUGAAAAUCCAAAGUACAUGGUUCUCGUGGCAAAGGUCAACGAGGCCAAGAGCAUGUACGAGGAUAUUGCGCGGGAUGAUAGAGAUGAUUAA